UAUCUCAGAUUUGUUUGGAAAUAUAUAGAAAAUUUAUUUAAAAAAAUUAUCUUGCUUGUAAAAAAAUAAAAUCGAAGUAAACUAAAAAUACAAACAUUUAACACCUUUAUGUCUAAAAUAGCUAAGUACAAACUGAUAGAUAAAAAUACAAAAAUUAUUUUACCAAUUUCUAUAUGUUUUCCACUCAACCCUACAAUCAAAAAGAAGAGUAAGAAAUUAAAAGCUUGUUAAUUCAGAAAGUUAGAAUUAUUGAGAGUAGAUAAGUGCUUUAUUCUUUAGAACUACGAUCAAUAUAUGAAGAAUAUAGGUAGCUUGGAUUCUAUGGAAGAAAAAUAGAGCAAUUCAAAGAAAGAAUAUGAGUAAUAAAAUGAAGAUUAGAUGAUUUAAUAAGAAAAUGAUGAUGACAGUAAGCAAUAAGAAGUAAUUGAUUUUCUAUAAAAAUCAAAAACUAAUUUCUUCAAAAACCUUAUUUAUGCGUUUCAAAAUCACAUUCUAUACUAAUGCGAUGAAUAGUAAAAGUAAUAAUAUCGGUCUCAUACGUAAGAUGAUUGGACAUUUGAUAGAAUUAAACUAAGAGUGUAGUAAAACCUUUAAAAUUGUGGUCGUUUUGGCUUAAAAGUUAGAAACAUAUUCCAAAAUGAGAAUUUAUCAGGAGUUUUUUUAUAUUUUUUGAAAAACUCAAAUCAAUUCUGGCUUGAUCAUUCAAAGAUAAAAGAUAAAGAAUCAUAUAAAAAAUAGAUUGAGAUGAUCCUAAACGCUUUCGAAAAGAAAAUUUUAAUUCAAAACAUUUGUUACUAUAAAAAAUUUAAAAAAUUAGCUAGUUCAUGA